CAACUCGCCUGGAGCAACCUUCCUUUUUGAGUCGAGCUCAAGAAAACUUCCCGUGACAAACCUUCCUGUCCUCGCUUAGUACUUUGUUGCCUUGAAAAAACAACAAAGCCUUCGAUAGUGAAUCAGGAUUCUUUGCCCGAUUACUCUGCUACACAGCACACCAACUACUUCAUUUCUUGACUAGAGAUUCAAAUCGUCUGGAACGAGUUAUCUCAAUCAUUCAAAAUGUUUUUCGCAAAGACUACCAUUUCUGCCGCCAUCUUGGCCGCCGUCAACGGUCACAUGAUCAUGACGAGCCCCUCCCCCUUUGACCCUGAGAAACUGAACAACAGUCCUCUUGACGCCAGCGGAUCAGAUUUCCCCUGCAAGUUCAAUGACGUCUACACCGCUACUGGUGGCACCGUCAACACCUACGAGCUUGGUUCUUCUCAGCAGCUUGCCUUCAAGGGCUCGGCUGUACAUGGUGGUGGCUCUUGCCAGGUUGUCAUGACCUAUGACAACCCGCCUACCAAGGAUUCCGUGUGGAAGGUCAUCCACUCUAUCGAGGGUGGUUGCCCUGCCAAGGGUGUGGCAGGAAAUCUGCCCGAGAAUCCUAAUGGUGACGGCGCUGGCAAGUACACUUUCCAAGUGCCCUCCGAUAUUCCCGCUGGGAAGGGCUCGAUCGGCUGGACCUGGUUCAACAGAAUCGGAAACCGAGAGAUGUACAUGAACUGUGGGCCACUUGAACUUACUGGCUCGGGCGGCGACAAGGCCAACUUCGAUGCCCUCCCCGACAUGGUCGUCUUGAACAUUGGCUCGCACCCUAAGACCCCCGAGGGUGUUGACUACAAGUUCAUGAAGGCCGGUGCCUCGCCCGAGAACAACAUUGGCCAGUACGGAGUUGCUACUUGCGACAACGAUGGAUGCAAGGAGGGCGACCAGGCCGGUUCGGACUCUGGCUCUGACACUCCUGCUUCAUCUAGCCCCGCCGCUUCUCCUACCAGCACUCCCGCAGGCGGUAACGGUGGCGGUGUCUUCUUGACAACCGGCCCUGACACCCCCACUAGCACCCCCGUCGCCACAACGACUGCUGCUGCUGCUACCACGACGACCGCUGCUGCCUCUGCCUCUGCUACACCCACUGCUAACCCCGGCUCCGGCUCCGGCUCAAGCUCCGGCUCAGCUGGCUCAGCCUGCUCAACCGAGGGAAUGUGGAACUGCAUUGACGGAUCAAAAUACCAGCAGUGCGCCUCUGGCCAGUGGUCCGCAGUGAUGCCCAUGGCCGCUGGUACCAAGUGCACACCUGGCCAGAGCAUGGAUUUGGGUAUGAUCGCCGCCGGACGGCGUGUUCGUGCCUUCCGUGCUUAAGCUUUGAGUAAAAGCACUUCCCCACAGCCUUUCAUGAAAAUUAAAACUUU